GUUUCAUGGACGAGCUGAUUACACUUAAACUUACGGUGGUGUACGAAGGUGGCUGCAGAGCGAAAACCGUAUGUAAACAGUCAGGAAGAAAAAGGAGAAGGGGGAUAGACGAUCUAGUAGCUUGCUCAAGGUGUUGUAAUUUUCGCGAGGACUGCAACAGUCGUCUUUGUGGCAUAAAAGAUGACAUCAAUGAUUGCAAUCCGAAUCCUUGUCAAAAUGGUGCAAAUUGUACAGAUGGCAUCAAUUCGUACACGUGCAUGUGUAUCCCUGGCUUUACAGGAAGUAAUUGUCAGACAAACAUCAAUGAAUGCAAUCCGAAUCCUUGUCAAAAUGGUGCUAAAUGUGUAGAUGGCAACAACUCAUACACGUGUGUAUGCAGUCCUGGUUUUACAGGAAAUACGUGUCAAAUAAACAUCAACGAGUGUAUUCCAUACCCUUGCCAUAACGGAGCAUCGUGUAUAGAUGGCAUCAACUCAUACACAUGUACGUGUAAUCCUGGCUUUACUGGAUAUACGUGUGAAACAAACAUUAAUGAUUGCAGUUCGAGCCCUUGUCAUAACGGAGCAACGUGUAUUGAUGGCAUUAACUCAUACACAUGUGUGUGUAAUCCUGGCUUUACCGGAAUUACAUGUGGAACAAACGUGGACGAUUGCAAUCCAAAUCCUUGUCAUAAUGGGGCGACUUGUAUAGAUGGAAUCAACAGUUAUACAUGCAACUGUAUGCCCGGCUACAGUGGACAUGAUUGCGAAACAGAUGUAGACAAUUGCAUAUCAAAUCCCUGUUCUAAUGGGGCUACAUGUGUUAAUGGAAUAAACAACUUCACAUGCAUGUGCAACCCUGGCUUCACUGGACGUGACUGCAAAAACGUUGAUGUCGAGGUCAAUAUGACAGUUCCUGUACACACUGUGAUAGUUCUUAACUGUAGCAGCCACAACAACAGUAGUUCUAACAGAUUUUCCUGGAGGAAAGUAAAAAGUUGUCAUGGACCAUUUGUCAGUUUUACAGGUGCCGUGCUGUAUCUAACAUCAAAGGCUACAACAGGGGAUUCUGGGACAUACGUAUGUGAGAUAAAUAACAACCUAGGACAAAACAUGACUAAAACUUUCAACGUACAUAUUUCAUCGUCCAAAACUGAAGACAUUUGCACGUUUGAUGACGACAGCUUGUGUGACUGGGAGCAAGCCCGGGAUGACAAAUUUGACUGGACAUUUCAGACAGGACCUACACAGUCAGGGGACACAGGCCCUGAUGAUGACCACACCCUAGGAAAUGGGCAAGGAAAGUACCUAUAUAUAGAAUCGUCUUCACCAAGAAAAGUGAACGACGACGCAGCGCUACUGUCACAUAUUUUACCAGCUUUGCAACAAAGAUGUCUCACGUUCUGGUACAACAUGUAUGGGGACGGGAUAGGCAAUCUUAAAGUGUACCUACAGGACAUGUGUAAAAAUGGUCAGAAGGAGAUGUUCAAGGUGUCGGGUGACCAAGGACAUAGUUGGAAACAAGCUAUUAUAUCCAUUCCUGUAUCGUCAGUUCCUAACGAUUACAAAAUAAAAAUUGUAGCAGACGUAGGACCAACUUACCAUGGAGAUAUUUCCAUUGAUGACGUCAUAAUCAGUACUAAAACCUGUUCUGAUUUGACACAAGGAGGUGUUUCAAUGAUAGGUUAGCAACGAAAGUCUUCGUGAUUAUUUGUUUUCUAAGACGGGUUCAAAUAUGUUUUGUACUGUUCUGUUACAUGAUAAUAAACAUGUUUAUAUAAAGUCA